AUGAGCAUCUUUCAUGUGCAACAACUGGACAUCGUCAAGUGUGUGUCAACUGUGGACGUUCAGUAUUGCGUGCCAGGUCUCAUUUAUUGCAUACUGGCACUGAACGAGAAAGAAGGAUUUAUACAGUCAUUUGUGAAUGGCUUUUGCCUCGUACUUUGCUGGGUGAGAGCUUGUAGAAACGCCGAUCAUUUUGUAUCUGCACCUUCUGGAUCCUCAACAUCAGUAUAUGAAACAAGUGAACAAGAGGAAUUGACGUUUCAGUCUACUUCACAAGCUACUUUGCAGUCUACUUCACAGGAUACUUUGCAGUCUACUUCACAGGAUACUUUGCAGUCUACUUCACAGGCUACUUUGCAGUCUACUUCACAGGCUACUUUGCAGUCUACUUCACAGAAUACCUUGCAGUCUACUUCACAGGAUACUUUGCAGUCCACUUCACAGGCUACUUCAGAAGCUACACCCAGGCUGAGUGAAACUAUAGUGUUACCUGACUAUUCUGCCGUGAACUCUGAAAAUAAAGUAGACAAAUUAUUAGAUUCCAAAGUCGUAAGUUCCGAAGGCGAAGGUUCCGAAGGCGUAGGUUCCGUAGGCGUUGAUUCCGGUGUUGGCGUUGGUGUAGUCAUCGGAACCGGUGCAUACACCGACCUUGAAUUAGUAGACGACGCCGACGUUGUUCCACUCAUUGGAGAUGUGUAA